AUGAAGCUCACUACUGCCUUCGUUGCCGGUCUGCUGUCCGCUAGCACCGUUGCUGCUGCUCCUGGCACUGCUAUGCGUCGCAAGCGUGCUGAGGGUGCCAUCGCCGCCAGCCGUGCCGGCUUCAUCAAAGCCCCAAAGCCUUUCCUUCCAGCCACCAACGUGACUGCCGUCGUCCACGGUCCCGAGAACAAGCAGGCUAGUUACUCCACCAACUGGGCUGGCGGUGUCCUCGAGGGCUCCGGCUUCAAGACCGUGACUGGCACUUUCACCGUACCCAAGGUCACCAUCCCUUCCGGUGGUAGCUCCAGAACCUUGUACUCGGCCUCCGCUUGGGUCGGUAUCGAUGGCUACUCCUGCUCCUCGGCUAUCCUGCAGACUGGUGUCGAUUUCAGCAUCCAGAAUGGCGCUGUCACCUACGAUGCCUGGUAUGAGUGGUUCCCCGACUACGCCUACGACUUCACAGGCAUCAGCUUCUCGGCCGGCGACAGCGUGACCGUCACCGUCACCGCAUCAUCCAAAACAGGCGGCGUAGCCACCAUCAAGAACAACAGCAAAGGCACCUCCGUCAGCCAUACCUUCACCAGCCAAACCGCUGGCAGUCUCUGUCAAACCGAUGCCGAGUGGAUCGUCGAAGACUUUACCCAGAUCCAGAACGGACAAGAAUCUCUUGUUCCUCUGGUCAACUUUGGCACUGUGACUUUUACUGGUGAGUUUUUGAGCCCAUUGGUGUUGUUGCCCCCUUCAACUUUAUGUGAUCAUGCUAAUUGUACCUUUUGCUUUNNAGGUGCUUCGGCUACUACUAACAGCGGAUCUAAGCUUGGUCCUGCUAGUGCUGAUGUUAUUGAUUUGAUUUCUGCUAAUGGAAAGACUGUGCUUACUGAUGUUACUGUGGGUUCUUCUACUGUUGCUGUUGUUUAUGGUUGA